AAUAUAUGGUCAACAAUAACCAGUUUACUAAUUGCAUUAGUAGUCUAUAAAUUGGUAGCAUUUUAUUACCGUUACUACUACUGUCUACCUCCCGGUCCAUUUCCAUUGCCAUUGAUCGGCAAUUUGUUGGCAUUUAGAACUAAAGAUUUUUGGGAGACUAGUAUGAGAAGUAUUGCCAAAAAAUAUGGUCCAGUAUUUACAUUACAUUUGGGUAAUACUCCGUACAUAUUAAUAACAGACGUAGACAUUGGUAGAGAAGCGUUUGGUAAACAAAAUUUUUUGGGAAGACCUGACAGUUAUUUUGGCACAUUUUUUAAAAACGAUAUCAUUUUUGCCGAUUACAGUCAACAUUGGGAAGUACUUAGACGUGUGGCGCACUCGGCCGUACAAAAAUAUUCAACUAAUGAACGAUUAGUUAACGUAGCCGUCGAUUGUGUGGACAAAACGGUGAAAAAAAUUUUAGAAAAAGAGGGUCCAAACAAACCAAUCGAUCCAUUCAAUUAUGUAUAUCUAAUGUAUCUAAAUAUAUUGGCAACCAGUUGUUUCGGUCAAAACUAUAAUAAUGAUGAUCCGGAAUUCAAACAAAUCAAAUACGUUUUCAAAGAUUUUAGCGAAUCGUUUGGACCGAGAGCUAUGUUAUGGGAAUUUUCGGCAAUUAUCCGAUGGAUUGAUAGGAAAACUGUUAAAAAAUAUACAAAACUAACUAAAGAUUUAAUUCAAUUAUUGGUCGAUAAAUAUUUAGCACAUUUUAAUGAUUACGAUUCCGGCAUUGAACGUGACUUUUGCGACGCUCUAAUAGCCGCCAAAAACGAUGCCAUACGUGAGGCUAAAGAUUCGGCAACGUAUCUGACCGAUGAUAAUAUUGUUAUGGCUGUAUUUGACUUGUUUUAUGCCGGUACCGAUACAUCGUUGACCACAUUUCUAUGGUCACUGAUGUUAUUAGCCUAUUAUCCGGACGUUCAGCAAAAGUUACGCAAAGAAAUUGAGUCCUUAAUUGGCGACCGAAUUCCAACGCAUGACGAUAGACAACGAUGUCAUUAUGUGAUGGCAUUUAUGUCCGAAACGUUGAGAUACAAAAAUGUCGGACCAAUGGGUGUCUUUCAUAAGACAAUGACUACCAGUAAAAUUGGCGACUAUACUAUACCUAAAGGUAUGGCAGUGUUUGUAUAUCAAGGAUUUAUUUUAUUAGACGACAAAAAUUUUGAAAAUCCCGACACUUUCAAACCCGAACGUUUCAUCGACAGUGACGGCCAUUAUAUGACAACCCGUUCCCCAGCAUUCAUACCGUUCGGUGUCGGACGUCGUUCAUGUGUUGGCGAAAAGUUGGCAAUCGCUGACUUUUUUCUGGUUUUGGUCCGAUUUCUACAAUUAACACAAAACUAUGACAUUGUUUUGGACAGUCAUCACGGUUUUGAUGGCGACUCUAAUUCCGUUUUAGUAGUCAAUCCACAAAAAUUUACA